UCUCUCUCUCUCUUUUUCGCGCGCACACACACACACUCUCUCUCUCUUUUCGAACACACACACUAUCUCUCUCUCGCUCUCUCUUUUUCGCACACACACACACACACGCACACUCUCUAUCUUUUACACACACACUCUCUCUCUCUCUCUCUCUCGCUCUCUCUCUUUUUCACACACACACACACACACACACACACGGACAGUGUGGACAGCAAAACACACCGCGGAGCCUUUAAAGAUCUUUUCGAAAGGCGUUUCGACUUUGUUGUGUGUGUUCGUGAGUAGGUGUGUGUGUAUGUGGGUGGGUGUGUAUGUGGGUGUGUGUUGCACAGGGCGGACGCUGUUUUCCAUCAGGGUCAGCUGUGCGUUUUACUGACACGCGUGGCGUGCGGAACGCCGCGCGCUGCCCGGUGCGGGAACAUCAUCACUCGCAUCGCCUCGUUCCUGAGCCUCGUGUCGACUUGCUGGAAUGAGGAGCGCAGGAGCCGCGUGCUUUCAGGAGGUUCCUCUGCUCCAACUCUCUGCGAGCUGUCACCGUCACUCCUGCCCCAGCGCCUAGCCACACUGCUCUGGAUGCCGUCAGGAGGAGUGAAGUAUGUUCACUAAAGUGCUGUGAAUAUGUGAGCAGAGACGCGCAGGGCGCGCAGCUCCACCUUGGGAGAGGUGGAGGAGAAGGUGCACAUCCAUCUCUCCUCGGCGCUAAGCGGAAACAGGCGGCUUGCGCAGGACGCGUGUGUGUGUGUGCAUGGCGCUGACUGACCACAGCUGAUUCUACAGCGAGAGAAGAGGAAAGUUCCGGAGACAUCACACACACACACACUCUGUCUCACACACACACACACAAACACACACACAGACACUCUCUCUCUCACUCACACACACACACACAAACACACACUCUUUCUCUCUCUCUCUCACACUCUCUCUCUCUCACACACACACACUGUCUCUCUCUCUCUCUCUCUCUCUCUCUCUCUCUCUCACUCACACAUACACACACACACACACACGCAUGCACUUGUGUGCGUAAAGCCAGCCGCGAACGCUUAUAACGGAACAGGACUACUAACACAAUAAACGCGUUUCGCGGGAAAAAAAAACAAAUAUGCAGGUACGUGUGAGCGCCAGAGAUGGACUUUGGAAGGAUCUGAGCUGCUAGUACUUUAAUGAUGUCAACACGGUGUCUGAAUUCCGUAUUUAUCUUUUGCGAACGUUGCUGAAUAACAGGCUGUAAACUGAUAUAGCGGCGUGAGCGAGAGCAGCGCGUGCGGCCGUGGCUAUGGGACAGUGAUAGAAGGCGCGCGUCGUCUGUGCUGUGUUCAAGAAGAGUUGUGCAGUUUUGUGAGACAUGGCAGCGGCGAUUGCUAGCGGCUUGAUCCGGCAAAAGCGGCAGGCGCGGGAGCAGCAUUUAGACCGACCCUCCACUAACCGAAGGAGGAAGAGCCCGAACAAGAACAAAGGUCUCUGCAACGGCAACCUUGUCGACAUCUUCGCCAAAGUACGAAUUUUCGGCCUCAGGAAGCGGAGACUACGGCGUCAAGAUCCCCAGCUCAAGGGUAUAGUGACCAGGUUAUACUGCAGGCAGGGAUACUACUUGCAAAUGAACGCAGAUGGAUCUCUUGAUGGGACCAAGGAUGACAGCAGUAAUUCUUCAUUGUUCAAUCUCAUCCCUGUGGGCCUCCGAGUUGUUGCUAUUCAGUCCGUGAAGACAGGGUUAUACAUCGCCAUGAAUGGAGAAGGCCAUCUGUACACAUCAGAACUCUUUACAGCCGAAUGCAAGUUCAAAGAGUCAGUGUUUGAGAACUACUAUGUGAUCUACUCGUCCAUGUUGUACAGGCAGCAGGAGUCAGGGAGAGCCUGGUUUCUGGGUCUCAAUAAAGAGGGCCAGGCAAUGAAGGGCAACCGAGUGAAGAAAACCAAACCAGCUGCUCACUUCCUGCCCAAGCCAUUAGAAGUCGCAAUGUACCGAGAGCCAUCAUUGCACGAUGUGGGAGAGACCGUACCCAAAGCCGCUGCACCUCCCGCUAAAAGCACAAGCGAGCCAGCCGUGAUGAACGGAGGCAAGCCCGUCAGCAAGGAGGCUAGCAAGCCCAGCACAUAGCCCAGCCUCGGCUCAGAGAGAGAAAGGUGCUCUCCUUCUCUCUUGUAUGGAUCUGGUCCAGACGAGCCCCUCUCCUCCUCUCCUCCUUUUCUGCUCUCCUCUGACUUUCUCCAUCCACUUGGCAAAUCGAUUGCAGAAGCGUGGCCAAGCGUAGCGACGAGGAGGCUUCGACUGGAUGAAUCAGCUCAACCCGCACCAUGGAAUGCCCCAGCAGAUAUGGAAUGCCUUUAACCCCCCGAACCCCACCCACACCCCUCCCCCUGCCUGCACAUACAAUAACACGACCCAUUUUUCUGUGACUGUGACAAUCCAUGAGAACGAAGAGUGGAACGGCGGCCGUGGGUGCGUUGAGCAGCGGCCAUCUUUGUCCCGCUGAUGGUCACCCGUGACUACUUUUUUGAGCCCUGUAACAGAAGCGUCUAAUUCAAAUCUAUUUUCUAUACACAGUGAACACCAGCUAUGCUCUGGGGAAGUAAACUACUGACUGACUUGCAAGAAAACAGGACUGUCGUCCUCAAAUUUUUUAUAGAGUUUCUUCCUGUGUCUCCUGCUCAGUCUUGCUUUCUUUCUUUUUUGCUUUCUCUUUCAUUGGUCAAACUCGCACUCUUUUCUCUUUGUCCAGUGCUAGAGAAAACCUUUGCAGGGGCUACGUGUGAUUUUUCUAAGAACCCUAACAUCCAUCUAUGUGAACAUAUCCAGUACACCCACACACACACACCCCCAUCCACCCACCCACACACACACACACACACACACACACACACACACACAGACACACAUUACUUAUGUAAGACUGAGGUGCCAGUGGUGGCUCGCUUGCAGGGAAUAAUUCAGGAGGACUGGAGUCACCACAGAGCCUAUAGAAAUGCGAAUUAGCUUAGGCUCAGCACUGUUUCUCUUUCUUGAUUGAGCGUGUAGAAAGAGACACUGGAAGCUGAUUAUUCACUAAGGGGAUUUUACCUACAAAUCCACAACUACAUGUUGCCAUCCUGCAGUCAGUGCAUGGACCUGAAUGCACGGAGGGGCCUGAUGCAUAUGUGUUCACAUAUCUCAUAUCUUCACCAAGCUGGCAUAUAGAGGAAGCCAAAUUCUAUUUUUCUUUACUGAUAGCUUAGAGCACAUGCUCUAGGAACAUGUAUAGGCCUUGUAGGCCUCAGGUCAAGGCACUCCCCUCAUGCUGAACUGUCAGCCAAUCCUGGUGUUCACUUAAUGGGCCUUUUUGUUCCGCAAAAGCAUGGGCAAGGUUAGUAUUGUGUUCUAUUCAUGACGUAUGAUGCAAAUCAAGAAAUGGCUUCACUGUAUGAAAAAUUUUUUAAAAAGCUUUAAAAAUAGACAUUUAAUGACUAGCUAUCAUAAUUAAACAAGGAGAGUUUUUUCCUAGCUCAGCAUGCAGAGUCCAGUACUGCUCAUAUUGGCCUAUUGUGUGCCUGUGAUGACCUCUAACCCAGCAUGCAAAAACAUGUACCCAGUCUGUGCUGGGUUAAAGGUGCCUCAUGCCCCCAAGAAACACACACACACACACAAACACACAGAGUGGCUUAGUCAAUCUAUAAACACUCGUCUCACUUCCUAUUCUUUUGUAAUGAUCUUGAUUAUGAAUUUUACCAAAGUUUAGCAAUCCAUCUGAGAAUCCAGACCCACUGACUGCAGUAACAUGCAGUGGGCAGCACUAAAACCUCACCCACUCUGUCCAGUUUUGCUUCUUUGCUCACUGUGACAAAUAUUCACCCUCACAGCAGAAUACACUUUGCCUUUUUUGAGUAAAUCCUGGAUGAGUGGGACUGUAGUCAUUAGAGUAUACAGUUCAUUUGACUAAACACGUGGGGUACCUAUCAGUUAAUCACCUGCAUGCUUUUCCUUAAGGACCAAAAAAAGGGAAAGGUACAAUGGAUCGUUAGGCUGUGUAGGUCAGCAUUGAAUGGGCAUGUUAUUCAAACGUUCUUUCAUCCUACUUUGUCUGGAUUGAAAUCAUAGCACUUUCAAUUCUGAGUUAUCAUUUACUCACGACUUUUAGCAAAUGAUCAAGGAUUUUCUGAAUCUCUGAUCAGAUUUGAUAUUAAGCCUGUCUUGCUUUAAUAACUCUCAUAGUUUAAUGAAUAAGAUUUAGAAUGUUAUUAUGUAGACUGAAGCUGGGCUGCUAAAUUGCAAAUAUAUCCAAGGCUUCAUUUGAAGACCUGUAUUUUCGGGAAUUUAUUGGGAUUAUGAGCUACUUUCUAUAUUAGGAUGUAUUGAAGCACAUUAGUUUGACUUACGUAUUUGUACAAAGCUGUGUUGCUAGAAUGACAUGCAGUGCUGUAGACAAAGGGAGUGUAAAGCAUAUGAGUUGAGUUGAGAGCUGCUGUCCCACUUCCACAACCUCCACAACACACACUGAUCAUUCUAUCAGAUGAACUCUACAUGCUGGGCUAACCUGCCCUUCAAACCAGUUGACUAGUCCUAUGAAGGCUGAAUUUAUUUUUGUAAAUGACUGGUGAGUAAAUGUACAUCUGGUUGUCAGUCUGUUUGGUUCCUUUUAUUCUCUCUCUCUCUCUCUCUCUCUCUCUCUCUCUCUCUCUCUCUGUCUGUCUCUCGCAAAAAUGUUACUGUGUUCUGUUCCAUGCAGGUGAUGUGUGAUGUUGUCUGUUCAUCCUAAGGAGCUACCACAUAACAUGUUGUUAAUUCUUUUCUUUCUCCUUGUUCAUAUUUUUUCUUGGUAACGUCCUUGUCAUUUGUUCUUGCGUUUCAGUCGUUAGUGUGACCAUUACUUCAUCUUUUGCAUGGGAAGAUGAUGGCAUUUAAGAAAUGCAUGUUGUAGGCUAUGUGUAUCAAGAAAUGUUGGUAUGUACUGCUAAUUUUACAUACAUAUAUGCAAAGAGUUUGUCUGCACUGUACAGUUUGUGUUUGUUGUAUACACAGAUACAACAUAUUGAAUAAAAUAUUUAUAUAAAGGUG